UUAAGUUUCUUUUCCAAAAAAGUUGCUAAAAUCAGUGCUGUAUAAGGUCAAAAUACUCUCGGAUUUACUGGAAACAAUUCUCAGCAUUACAGUAUACAGUAAACCAUUUAUAGAAGUUUGUAUUGAAUGGCUUAAGUGUAAAUUUAGAUGUUUUUCAUUAGAAAAAAGUAAAAAAGUCCGCAAAAAUUACCCUGGACUUUACUGUAAGGGCGAUGGAGCUGGAAUGAAUCUAAAAAGAAUCUUCGACCCGCCAACAGACGCUGAGGUCGACCAAACCAAGUUCGAUUUGCCAAAGGUCGACCAAGAUUUCAGACGAAUGACCUUAGAACUCUGUGACCUCGGUCGACCCAAAUGACCUUUCUAAGAAAACCAAGAUGGCGGCCAUAGGAAAUGUAAACAACCAAAUAGUUGGAAUUUAGCCUAAUGGGUUACUGGUAUAAAACAAUUAAAUAUACAAACUGACAUUAAAUGUUGAUGUUAAUCAAAAUAUGAAAAUGGUGGUGAUCAUCUGACAAAAAUCAAUAAUUCCUGGAUGAACUAUUACUACACUCAGAACAGGACUUCAGACCCUCCGAGCACUUCAGGCCAGAGCAGUAUGCUUGUCUCUGGAAACCAAUCUAUGACCGAAGCUGAAGUCCAAUCACUGUUUUUGUGCAAGGAGGAGGUUAUUCUACAAAUCGACCCUUUCGUUGUGUCUGCAACACUUCGUAGAAAAUACCCUCGACGAUUUGAAUCUGUUCACAAGAAAAUCAACACAUUAACACUAACAACUGACAGAAGAUACGUCUCCGAAGUUUUGAUCAGCCACCUGCCACAAAACAUUUUCUUACAGGACUUAGAACUUGUUCUUGAAGAAUGUGGUUAUAAAAGAUUCGCAGUAAAAUUGUACCUUUCCCUUUUCAAAUUGGACGCCGCUACAAGUGUAAAUCAUGUUCACAAAUCGACAUCAGGUCAAAGGCCAUUCUUAAGCAAAAUGGUGGUUAAUUUGAAAAAGAUGGUGGAUAAUGCACGGUUCACUGAUCCUCGGCUUGCAUUAAGCCAAUCAAGUGAUAGAUGUUUCCUAAAAAUGCAAAACGAAAGUAAUGAUUAUCGGAGACAAAAUCUUGCUGACAAAUGUGUAGCAGUUAUUGGUGCAGAAAUCGAUGCGAUAGCAAUCACAUUUGACAAAGGACUACGCGAAAGAGAUGUCUUCACCAAAAUGAAAAGUCUCACAAGCGAAACAAGUAAUACACUACUUACAGAUGGAGUGUAUUUUGGCCGUUUAGCAAAUGCAAAUGCUAUUGCAGGGCGUUUUGAAGAAAAUUAAGAUAUGCUC